ACCUUGAUCAUGACCCUAUCGUAUUAAAAAUCUCAACGUAUUUUCUCAUGGCAUGUGUCCUUUUCUCAACGUUUUCUUGAUGAGAGCUACAUAUAUAAACAUGCAGUUCCAACUAAAUAACUAUGUUCUCAUUCACCUCUCCCAUUCGAACAUAGUCGUGGAUCGUCCAGUCCAAAAUAAUUGACGGAAAGUAUGAAGUGUAAAAUUGCCCAAGUGGAAGGACCCUGGGAAGAGACGGGUUACACCUUCAAAAUCGCCGGCUCCACUGAAUACCCCAUCAUUUCUGCCUUCCUGAGAAAAUAUUACUAUCAAGACGAACCAAUAACUCAGUUUCUUGGAUACACAGAAUCCAAGGCGAAUGAUAUGGACGACGUGGUCAAACAGUUUUUGGAGGAUUCACUUUCACUUUUCGCAGUACAUGAGGAGACUGGAGAGGUGGCAGCCGUUAGGAUUGCUUACGACUCGAGGCGAAAGAUGAAUCUGACAUCAACCUACAAAUCGAAGGACAACUUGAAAGUGCAAAUCUGUAAGGACACUUUGCUCCAGAUGGCGCAAGAGAGUCUGUCGACGCGGUACGCGGAAUCCACCUACGCCAUGGGAUUUCUCUCCUCUGUCGCCACGACGCACCGGGGGAAAGGUCUCGCCUCCGAAAUCUAUGUCAGAUCGCUGCUGCAGUUUAAAGAGAGGGGAUUCGUCAUGACAAGAAACUUCUUCUCGAGCAAGAUCACUAUGAAAAUUGUGGGUCGUUUGGGAUACGAGGAGCUAAGUCGGUCUUAUCUGGGAGAGUUAAGAAAUGGUGACGGAGGUGAAUUGGUCUUUGAGGGUGCAGAUCCUGAUUUUUAUGCAACUUUAAUGGCAAAGAGAUUAGAUACUGAUACUGAUAAUUGUAUUGAAAAAUGUAAGAAUUUAGCUUGAAAAAGUGUACAGUUUAUUAGAAAUCUUACUUUUAAUAAAGAUGAAAAGAUUUCGAAUUAAUGCUAA